UGUGUUUUCAUCCGGUCAGUCGAGACUCGAGGAGCGAAUUGUUUUCCGUUAGUUUGUUAGUUUCUAGUUUCCGCCGGCGUGAUUGCCGGUUGGCGCGGACAGCUUUUUGUCGAUGUAACCAGAGCCCGUUGCGAGUGGUUUAUUAAUAGCCCUAUCGAAUGUUUUUAUUCGCCGGCGUGUAACAAAGUUGCCUAAGAGUGCGCUUGUGAAUAUUUUCUCAUCGUUCGUACACGCGGCGAAUGUUAAGUGCACUGUUAAAUUGUAGCGUAUUCGAAUCGCUUUCGUUGGUGCCGUUGAGCUCAUCUUUACAUAAUCACCAUGGACUCACCAUCACUUAGGGAUAAUCUGAUUGUGGGCCUUGGCAACCCGCUGCUCGACAUUUCAGCCGUGGUGAAUGAGGAGCUGCUAAAGAAGUACGAGCUUAAGCCCAACGAUGCUAUUCUGGCCGAAGACAAACACAUGUCACUCUAUCAGGAACUGGUGGAGCAGUACGACGCCGAGUACAUUGCCGGAGGUAGUGUGCAGAACUCAUUCCGUGUCGCUCAAUGGAUAUUGCGGCGACCACAGGUUUCCCUGUUUUUCGGUUGCAUUGGCAAAGACGAGUAUGGCCGCAUUCUCGAGAAGCAAAUGCAAAUGCAGGGUGUGAAUGCACAGUAUCAGCGAUCCAGUAAGAAUCCGACCGGAACGUGCGCUGUGCUAAUCACCGGAACGCAGCGUAGUCUGUGCGCCAAUCUGGCGGCGGCAAACGAUUUUAGUCGCGAAGCCUUGGAGCAGCCAUCGAACGUCGAACUCCUGAACCAGACCGAGUACGUGUAUGUGUCCGGUUUUUUCUUUACCGCCAGUUUCGAGAGUGUACAGUAUCUGUGCCGAACGUUGCUUACGAGUCGUACCCGCACGUUCCUCAUGAAUCUCAGCGCACCGUUCGUGCCGAUGUUCUACAAAGAUAAUCUCGAAGAAGUUCUUCCCCUAAUCGACGUGCUGUUUGGAAACGAAACGGAAGCGAAAGCGCUAGGCAAAGUGCUCCUGAAUGGCGAUGAAGACCUGGUCAGCAUCGGGAAACAGCUCACGGACUGGCGGUAUACACGCGGCGGGGAUAAGAAGCGAGUGGUCAUUUUCACGCAGGGAAGUGAUCCAGUGCUGCUAUUUGCUGACGGUUGCGUACGAGAAUUUCCGGUCAGCAAGUUGACUGCCGACGAAAUUGUCGACACUAACGGUGCGGGUGAUGCUUUUGUGGGUGGCUUCCUGGCGCAGUUCGUACAGCACCGCUCCCUGGACACGUGCAUCGAGUGCGGUAUUUGGGCAGCAGGCGAAAUCAUCAAGCGAUCCGGCUGCACCUUCGAGGGGGAACCAACGUUCCGAUCGGCAUAGCUUACUGAAGCCAGACCGAAGCGUAUCGAAUGAAACGCACCGGCCGGCUGGACGCACACCAAAAAAAAAUUUCUACUACAAUAUGCCGCUGAAGGGCGAAAUUAAACGAAAAGUGAAUUCAAUACGACACGGUAUUGUUCCAUUUGC